ACCUGUGCUUGACUGCUAUGCAAAGGUUGUCGAAAUGUCAAUAAAUAUUUCAUUAGAGCGCCAAUUCUAGAUUUGUGAUUUCCGUUUUACGUUUUUCAAGAACUUUUGUACACAUUUACUGCAUGAGAUUGAGAAGAUAGCGUAUUGUUUUGGAAGCAUUUUAAAUUAUUUGGUUCUGCAUAUUUUCAAAACUGCAAACAUUCUAAAAUGACUUCGUCCCCGAAAUACAAAAACUUAGUGUGCCGACCAAAGCAGUCUCCUAUUGAGAUAAAAGAAAAGAUGAGAAAGAAUUACAAAAGCAAAAUACAAAAUUGUCGAGGUUUGCUCAUGGACAAACUUCGGGGGCCACUUGUUGAAGAAGAUCUAUGCAAUACCAUAACUGAUAUCUACAAAAGCAUGUUCAAUUACACUAAUGGCAUUGAUAUAAAUGAUGAGGAACUUGAAAUAAUGGAAGAACUUAAAAAGGAGCUUAUACAGGAAGAGAUGGAAUGGUGCAUCAAAGAAUAUGAAAGAUUCCAACAAGAUAAUGUUGACUGGUCCUCUAUUGAAGAAGACAAUGAUGUGAUAUGCCCAGUCUGUCAGAAGACUAACAUCCAGCUCAAUAAUGGAUAUGUAAAGUGCAGCACUUGCAGUAGUUCUGUGAAAACUAAUAAAUCAUUACCAGAAAUAAAAAGGUCUAUUUUAGGCACAGUAGAGAGUCAUAGUGCUGUGUGUACAACAGAUGCACAAUUUGGUUUAGUGUCAGAAACUAGUGAAAGUCAUGUUUAUCUAAUUUGUGAUAGCUGUGCAGAAAUGAAAUUAAUCAUUUAAUUUAAAAUUACAAAGUUGCCUUGUUUACUUGUAUAUUUUUAUCAAUAACAGC